AUGCAGUGGGCAGCGAGCUGGGCCGCCCACCUGGGCGUCCGCGGGCGGGCGCUCCCCCGGGCCCCCCGCCGGCGGCUCAGCGGCUGGCAGGACGGGCUCCGCAGGACGCCGCUCCACGACUUCCACCUGGCCCACGGCGGGCGGCUGGUGGUCUUCGCGGGCUGGCGGCUGCCGCUGCAGUACCGCGACGGCCACGUCGACUCCCACCUGCACACGCGCCGCCGCUGCUCGCUCUUCGACGUGUCCCACAUGCUGCAGACCAAGAUACUCGGUCGUGACCGGGUGAAGCUCAUGGAGAGUCUGGUGGUGGGAGAUAUCGCAGAGCUGAGGCCAAACCAGGGGGCCCUGUCGCUGUUUACCAACGAGGCCGGGGGCAUCUUGGACGACCUGAUUGUGACCAACGCCGCCGAGGGAUACCUGUACGUGGUGUCCAACGCUGGCUGCCGGGACAAGGACCUGGCCCUCAUGCAGGACAAGGUGAGGGAGCUGCAGAGCAGGGGCGGCGACGUGGGCCUGGAGGUGGUGGACAAUGCCCUGCUCGCCCUGCAAGGCCCCGCCGCAGCCCAGGUGCUGCAGGCCGGCGUGGCGGGCGACCUGCGGAAGCUGCCCUUCAUGACCAGCGCCGUGAUGGAGGUGUUCGGCGUGCCCGGCUGCCGCGUGACCCGCUGCGGCUACACGGGAGAGGACGGCGUGGAGAUCUCGGUGCCCGCGGCGAGGGCGGUGCGCCUGGCAGAGGCUCUGCUGGCGAACCCUGAGGUGCGGCUGGCGGGGCUGGCGGCCCGGGACAGCCUGCGCCUGGAGGCCGGCCUCUGCCUCUACGGCAGCGACAUCGACGAGCACACCACGCCCGUGGAGGGCGGCCUGGGCUGGACGCUGGGCAGGCGCCGCCGGGCGGCCAUGGACUUCCCGGGGGCCGCGGUCAUCGUCCCGCAGCUGAAGGGCCAGGUGCCGCGGCGGCGUGUGGGGCUCACGUGCGAGGGGGCCCCGAUGCGGGCGCACAGCCCCAUCCUGAGUGCGGAGGGCACCGUGAUUGGCGCUGUGACCAGCGGCUGCCCCUCGCCCUGCCUGAAGAGGAACGUGGCGAUGGGCUACGUGCCCCCCGAGUACAGCCAGCCGGGCACCCCGCUCCUGGUGGAGGUGCGGCGGAGGCAGCAGGAGGCCGUGGUCAGCAAGAUGCCCUUUGUGCCCACGAACUAUUACACCCUGAAGUGA